ACGAUUUGAAAAGUUUAUUCGAAAAUAUUGAGGAAAAGUUAGGAUAUAUAUAUGAAUUAUCAGCACGUUCCGAAAUAUCCAAGAUACAAGGUUCUCACUAUGCUUCAAAAUUUCAAGUUUUUGACAUUAACGGAUUAGUUAGACUUGCGUUACCACGAAAGCAACUUCCAUCUGUAAAUGCAUAUUAUGAUUCUCAGACAUAUGUACUAUUAUUUCGUGUUAAUAAACUUGCGAAUUAUAUUUACAACAAAGGUAUACGAAAAAAGCUUGAAGAAUCAAUAGAAUACAUCCGCAAAUUAUCAACUGACAAGAUUUAUAACAAAUACUUUCACGAACUUGCAGAAAGUGCAGAUUUGGCACUUAAACAAUGGACUAAAUAUGAAG